AGGACAUUUCUAUUAAUUUAUUUAUCAAUUUUUGUUAAUCAGUUUGGAUUGACCUAUGGCUCAUUAUCCACGAUUGGUUGUGGUAAAACGAAGAAUUGUUGGUUUCAACCAUCCGGAUGUGAAAAGCUUGGCGCAGAAGAACAUUGUAAUAGUUCAGUAAAAUGGUUUGUUAUGGCAGAUGGUGUUCAAUUUGAACUCGAAGCAAUUAUCACAGAUCUUGAACCAAACAAUGCUUAUUGGAUUGCAAUCGGCAUUAGCAAAGAUAUAUGGAUGGGGGACGAUUCAGUUAUGGAAUGUGUAAUAAGUGCAGAUGGAAAAGGGCAGUCAUUUAUUUCUUUUAACGACGAAACAAAUAAUAAACAGUUGUUGCAGAAACAAAUGCACUCGGUGAAUGAUGGAGAACAGUUUCCAUGGAUUACCGAGCAACUAGUUUCAUUUUGUCGAUACAAUUGUACGGAUGAGAAAUUCAUUAUCGCUGAAAUGAAGCAAAGUAAUGUAAGCAGAUAUUGGAGAUAUCGAUUUGCUGUUAUUCACGGAAUUUUUUCGUUAUUUGCUUGGUUUGUUCUUGGUUCAUCUGCUAUAUUGCUUGCAAGAUUUUUCAAACCACUUUGGCCGAGAAAAAAACUUUUGGGCACGGCGGUAUGGUUUCAGCUGCACCGAGAUUUCUGGAUUUUUUCUAUUCUUCUUCAAAUUUUGGCCGUAUUUCUAAUUAUUUAUCAAGCGGGUCGAUUGUAUGAAUGCUCCUAUGAAUGCACAUCGGAUGACUGGAGUAAGAAGAUGCAUGUAAUAACUGGAAUAGCUGCCACAGCCCUAGCUUUAUUUCAACCGAUGCUAGCACUUUUGCGCCCGGGUCCCAAUCAUAAAUUCAGACCAAUCUUUAACUGGCUACACUGGUUCAUCGGAAUGACUGCUUGGUCAUUCGCAAUAACAACGAUUGUUUUAUCAGUGCCAAUGGGGAAAACUGGUCUCCAGCGAGUUUUCGGUCAUACACCAACUUGGAUUAUAGCUUCUUAUAUAAUCUUUUUCCUUCUAAUCUGCGUGGUGCUAGAAUUUCUUGCAGCAACUUCUGAACGGCGCAUAGAUAAAAUAGGUAUGAUUUUAAUGAAUUUCUUAUUUAAAAUUAUAGGUAUGACAAAAUUGAAUUUAUGGUUGAAGAAGAUGGUUAAGUUCGCAACCGUACGGAUUUGUAUAUUUGUUGUCCAUAUGGCGGUUGCAAUUGCAGUAUCAUUGAUUAUAUCGAUAAUGUUGCUAUACAUUUUAUGGUCACAUUCUCCUUGA